CAACUAAUAUCCGACGAAGACGCAGCAGCAACAGCAGUCGCAGUGUUGUUUGAGCAGCGCAGUGAAGGCAGCAACAUGUUCCGGACAGUGUUUUCUCAGGUCCUGUUCAGACUCAACAGACUGUCGGCCCGUCACUUCUCGGCGGCCGCCAUCCCAGCACCCAACACCCAGCCCGACGUCCACUACAGCAAGCUGUUCAUCAACAACCAGUGGCAUGAUGCAGUGAGUGGGAAAACCUUCCCCACAAUCAACCCAGCAACCGGGGAAGUCAUCUGUCAAGUGGCUGAGGCUGAUGAGGCAGAUGUAGAAAAGGCAGUGAAAGCAGCACGUGACGCAUUUAGACUGGGGUCACCAUGGCGACGGAUGGAUGCCUCUCAUCGCGGCCUACUACUUAACCGAUUGGCUAAUGCCAUUGAGAGGGAUGCUGCCUACCUCGCCGAACUGGAGACCUUGGACAAUGGAAAGCCAUAUGCUGUGUCCUACACAGUGGAUAUACCCAAUGUGGUGAAAUGUCUCAGGUACUACGCAGGCUGGGCUGACAAAUGGGAAGGAAAGACCAUUCCCAUUGACGGAGAUUAUUUCUGCUACACCAGACAUGAACCCAUUGGUGUGUGUGGACAGAUCAUACCCUGGAACUUCCCUCUUUUGAUGCAGGCCUGGAAACUGGGCCCUGCCCUUGCAACUGGUAACACUGUGGUGAUGAAAGUUGCAGAGCAGACACCACUCACAGCACUCUAUGUAGCCAGCCUGAUUAAAGAGGUGGGUUUUCCUGAAGGUGUUGUAAAUAUCUUGCCUGGCAUGGGUCCAUCAGCUGGUGCUGCUAUUGCUAGGCACAUGGAUGUUGACAAGGUGGCUUUCACUGGCUCCACUGAGGUGGGUCAUCUGAUCCAACAGGCUUCAGGUGGCAGUAACUUGAAGAAGGUCACUCUGGAGCUUGGAGGAAAGAGUCCUAACAUCAUCUUGUCUGAUGCCAACAUGGAGGAUGCCGUGGAGCAGUCCCACUUCGCUCUCUUUUUUAACCAAGGCCAAUGUUGCUGUGCUGGCUCUCGCACCUUCGUCCAAGCAGACAUCUACAAUGAGUUUGUGGAGCGGAGUGUUGAGCGAGCUAAGAGACGAGUGGUGGGAAACCCUUUCGACCUAAAGACUGAGCAGGGACCUCAGGUUGAUCAGGAGCAGUUUAACAAGAUUCUGGGCUACAUCAGCAGUGGAAAGAGAGAGGGAGCCAAACUGAUGUGUGGAGGGGGAGUGGCUGCAGACAGAGGAUACUUCAUCCAACCUACUGUGUUUGGAGAUGUCCAGGAUAACAUGACCAUUGCCAGGGAGGAGAUAUUUGGUCCAGUGAUGCAGAUCUUCAAGUUUAAAACGCUGGAGGAAGUGCUGACAAGGGCCAACGAUACCAAAUAUGGUCUAGCAGCCGCUGUGUUUACUAAGGACAUUGAUAAGGCCAAUUAUGUCUCCAAUGGACUCCGUGCUGGCACAGUCUGGAUUAACUGUUACGAUGUGUUUGGGGCUCAAGCUCCAUUUGGAGGAUACAAGGCUUCUGGUACUGGCAGAGAGCUAGGAGAGUACGGUCUAGACAACUAUACAGAGGUCAAAACGGUGACCAUCAAGGUGCCGCAGAAGAAUUCUUAGACCCGUGCAGUGAACCCAGUCAAGAAGAUCAUACUGCGAUUCUGCUGUUGUCAAACCUUCAGUUCAUUACCAAACACGCCGCUGAUGAUUUUCCAAGCACUGUUAACAAUGACACUCUCUACACCUUACACGUGAUUAAUUGAAAACAUGAAACUAUAAAGUCACAGCCUCUGUUUGUAAUCUGCAGGCUUUGAGAUUUCUAAUUUUUCAAAAUAAAUGAAUUUGAGUCACUCUCAG